CAGUCCAAGCAAUUAUUAGCAUACAGAGAAGAAAAGCCCUCAACUUUAGCACUAUAAAUAGCACUCUCGACACCUUCCAAAACACUUGCCCACCUGCCCCAAAAAUGCCCAUUCCCCCCUGAAAAUUGCUUGUGAACUCCAGUAUGUCCUCUCACUAAAACCACAAAUCAUGAACCACAACCUCCUGGACGCCCUCAACGUCCGGGUCGUCGGGGACGGCGACCGGGUCCUCGUCCUCGCUCACGGCUUCGGGACCGACCAGUCCGCGUGGCAGCGCGUCCUGCCCUACUUCCUCCCGCACUAUCGCGUCGUCCUCUACGAUCUCGUGUGCGCCGGCAGCGUCAAUCCGGGCUACUUCGAUUUCCGGCGGUACUCCACGCUCGAUGGCUACGUCGACGACUUGCUCUUCAUUCUCGACACCCUGUGCAUUGACCGUUGCGCGUAUGUCGGGCACUCGGUGUCGGCCAUGAUUGGAAUCCUAGCUGCCAUCCGCCGCCCGAGCCUCUUCACCAAGCUCGUCCUCAUCGGAGCCUCUCCAAGGUUCGUGAACGAUGAAGAUUACCAUUGCGGGUUCGAGCAAGAGCAGAUCGAGCAAGUUUUCACGGCGAUGCAGUCGAAUUACGAGGCGUGGGUGACCGGUCACGCGCCCUUAGCCGUGGGGUCCGAUGUUCCGGCCGCGGUCCGCGAGUUCAGUCGGACCUUGUUCAACAUGAGGCCCGACAUAUCCCUCUUCGUGCUGCGCACGGUGUUCAAUAGCGACAUAAGGGGCGUGCUGGGCCUCGUGACGGUGCCUUGCUGCAUAAUCCAGACCGCUCACGACGUCUUGCUGCCGGCGUCGGCGGCGACGUACUUGACGGACCACUUGGGCGGUCCGAACACGAUGGAGGUGCUGAACACGGAGGGCCACUUGCCGCACCUCACCGCACCGGGACAGUUGGCUCAGGUGCUCCGGCGAGUGCUUUCGCGGUGAUCGGCGCAGGCGUCGCCGUAAGAUCGGUUGCCAUUUGAGAUGAGUGUUGUGAAGAGAUUGUUUUUUCCUGUUUUUUGGAGAGUUGGGUUUUGAUUGAGGAGAAGCAGGAUUGACACGAGAUGAAAGACGUUAAAUCUUUCGAUUCGUGGGACUCGACAGGAGGAAAGCUUUUGACUUUGGUGGAACUGAUGAUGGAUGAUGUGAUAUAUAAAAAGAACAUGGGUCGAAAGAUCAUGAGCAAAAACCCUCACUUCCCCUUGAA